UUUUCGCCAUAGCUAUAUUGCUUUUUUUUCUUCUUCUAUGUUAAUCAGCGACCGUUUUGUGUCACUCCUUGCUUAGCCAUUCCACCACGAUCUAGAAAUACUUUAAAGUUUAACCACCGAUCUUCCAUCAAUUUCACCCAAUUUUAACACCCAAGAGUCCAACCGGCAACAUGUGGGGGAAAAUGUCUUUCCAUCGUUCGCGGAAGCCCGUGAUCGGGAAGCCUACACUGAUCGACAAGACCCUAGAUGAUAGUGUCUACCGGUCUCUGUCCCCCGCUCCGGGCAACCAGAGCAGUGACACACUCGCCCAUCCCAAGUCUCGUCCCGCAAUUGCCCGCAACCCUACGGACUCGCUCCUUCCUGCGCAACGCCCCGACACGGGUCGACGGGUCGCGUCCACCUCCCAUGCCCUGGACAUUGCAACUGGUGACCAGCCUCACCAGCGUUCCGCUAGCCUAUCGCAUAAUUAUCUCCUAAACCCAACCACCUUCACUCACGACCUAUAUCGACCCGAAAGUGCAAGCAUUUCGCCCCCUGAUUCCCCCAUCUCCUUCGGUCGCCCACCGGCGAGUCGCGACAGCUCGCGUGUGUCACCCAUAGAAGACGACUUCAUGCUCGAUUCGAGCGCCGGAUCCAUGGAGAACAAGGAGAACGCCAAAUUCGCUAGCCAAUUGCCCGUCUUGCGCAAGCGCGCUAACUCGCAGGCAGACCGGCUACAAACGCCCAAGUCCUCAAGAAGCCAGACAUCCAGAUGGGACGACUUAUCUGGCGAGCUGACGCCCAGCGACUUGAGCAGGUCUGGCCAGACAACUCCCGGCAGCGUUUCGUUCCGCACCGAAAUCUCGGCAAAGCCUACCUCAUCCCAUAGCUCGAAUAUCUUUGGCUGGAGCAAGGAUCAUCUGAAUUCAAAAAGGAAACUAUCGGAGCCACGCACCCGGCCGUCCAAAACUGAGAACACGCUCCCACCUGGCGUGCGCGAGCCCUGGAAGGGACCUAGUGGACGAGCCCCGAUAAUAGCCCCCAUCCAGGAAAUGCCGAGGGCUAGAUCACCAUCACGUGUGAACAUGUCCCGGAGCAACGAUCGACUAAGAGAAGCGUACAGUACGACACCCGAUUAUGCCACUUGCGGGUUUGUUCCGACUGUUGUGACCACGAUUACGGCUGGCGAUUCCAAGCCAAAGGCGUCGUCGAAGGUUAAGCACACAACUAGCAGGGAUAAUCUCCGAGCACGAACCCCGGAGGAACCGGCUCCGAGCAUUGUCAGCAGUGCUGAGCCGCCCCGUGUUGAUUUCCCCGCACCAGAUGACUGGGAGUCAUCGUUGGCUGAUUUGAAGUUGACAACUGAUGACGCGGCCGAACAACCUGCAAGCCGGUUCAGCGCUACUACAUAUGAACCUACAGAAACCGCCAGCUCCGUUGGAAGUGCGCGCGGUAGCAUAGAUGCCGCAUCUCAGUCCACUGAACACGUACCAUCAAUCAUGUCUCGGAAACGACCUGUACCUAGUAACGUUGCGCCAGCAAAAAAGCCCACCAGAAAGCCCACGCCGGCGCAGGCCGCUGAAGCCGAACCGCCUAAGGAUCAGUUACAACUUACACCAGAAGAACAGAUCCAGAACCGCAUCCAGACGUUGGAGGCUCGCAGAGACACCCUGACGCGCCGGAGAGCGAACGUCGAAACAAUCAUCUAUGAAUUGACUCAAGUGAUCCAGCCGAGCUCCGUUGCCUACGACAUGGCAGCCAGGGACGAGGUGAAGCGGACGGUGGCCAGCCUUGAAACAGAACUUGCGGAGAUCAAGCGGGAAGAGCACGAAAUUGGUCUGAAGCUGUUCAGGGCUUGGAAAAAGCGCGACGAUCUUGGGUAUAGUGGGGGUAGCUUGUGGGUCAAACGAGUGACUAGUUGAAGAGCAUCGGCUGUGGCCGUUGGAUUUCUUUUCUGGGUAUCUUUCAGGAUUCCCUUCCCUUCCCUUGAAUCCUCUAUCAUUGUCAUUUUGUUCAUUUCCUUUUUCACCAUCCUUUGGUCAGAUUUUCCUGCUGCUGGAUAUUGGCCGAGGCGUGUCUUUGAGCGUUGCGAAUACCCUUGGGCAGCAUACAGCGGGU